AAGCCCUAACUCUUGCGCCUCUCCCUACAUUAUACCCUGUACACUGAGUGAGCAAAGAAAGGAGUAAAGAGGAAGUAAGGGCUUUACGGCUGUAAACAUGAAGCGCUUGCAGGCUAUUGAACAGUUACACAACAAAACAAUCUUUUAUUACUGUUGAUCUACUUUUGCGACACACCAACGUACAGUACAGCCUAGGUACCGGUAAUUGUUAGCAUUUGGGCCCAAGCUGUGCGAGUACACAGAAUGCAGAACCCCAUUAAUGCACAGCAACUAGUGGCCCAGUAUGGAGCUUUACCUAUACCGCAGCAAGCUGCGGCCCUCAACCCUCAGAUGGUCGUCGUACCGCCUACGGUCGCAAAUGCAGCCGCAGCAGCUCCAGCUGCUGUUGGCGCCGUUCCAUCCGUAGCCGUGGGAGCCAAUGUCGUGCGACCGGCACUUCCGGUCCCGCACGUGGGAGCGAAGACCAAAAAGCGGAAAUUCGGGCAGGAGCGUCAGGCUGCGCCGGAGAAGGUUUCAACUGCCAUACCGGAAUCCGCGUUGUACAACCAACUGCUUGACAUGGACCGCCACGUAACCGACAUCAUCAACCGCCGCAAAGCCGACUUCCGGGAGCCCUUCCCGCCGUACCAUGAGCCGGUCAAACGUGUACUCCGCAUUGCCGUACAGGCCUCCUACUCCCACCAGCCCGCCCCGCCCAAGCCCCCUCCCGCCCCCGCCCCCGGCCUCCCCUCCAACGCCGCCGCCCUCGCCGCCGCCUCCUCCGCCAUGUUCGCCCGCGCUCCCUCCGCCACCCCUACCGACCCCGAACCCCCCUCCUGGGUCCUCCACAUCUCAGCGCAUCUCGUGGACCCAGCCGAGCAGCUGGUGCGGGCAGCCCUGGCGGCGGCCGCAGCCGCGGCCGCUCGCGGCGAUCCGUCUUCCGCCGCCCUUGUGCUGCAGGCGCAGCAGCUGGCGGCGCAGCACGCAGCGCAGCAGGCGGCGGCGGCGGCAGCGGGUACGGCAAAGCAGAAUACGUUGACGUCGGUUGUACGGCGGGUUGAGGUCCAGUUGGAUCCGGAGCAGUACCCCGGGGAGUCGGGGCGCAUGGUGUGGGAGAAGGGCAACCACACAGGCCCCCCUCGGGACGUGUUGGAGGUGCGGCGGCAGGGCUCCCGCAGCUGCCGGGCGGUGGUGCUACUCGACCCGGACUACCAGCCGGAGAGGUACGUGCUGCCCCCCCUGCUGGCGGAGGUGCUGGGCAUGAUGCCGCACGAGACGCGCUCGCGAGUCAUGGUGGCGCUGUACGGCUUCAUCAAGAGCAGGAGGCUGCAGGACCCCAAGAACCCUAUCAACGUCAACCUCACACCGGAGCUAGCACAGGUGUUCGGCGUGCGCACGUUGAAGCUGUCGGAGCUGGGCGGGCGGCUGAGUGCGCUGCUGGCGCCCGUGCCGCCCGUGAGGCUGGAGUACGACAUAAAGCUGGACGCGCUCCGCCCUCCCCCCACCCCCCACUCCUCCUCCUCCGCCGCCCCCCCCUCCACCGUGUCGGGUGUGUGCGAGGUGGCGGUGCUGGAUGUGGACUUCUUCACGCCCUCCCCGCUGCCGCACCAGAUGGGGGCGGUGCUGCAGAGCUACUACAAGGACAAGGAGAUCGAGGCCAUGGAUGCCCGCCUGCACUCCCUCAUCCGCCGCCUCAACGAGUGCCGCCGCCGCCGGGCGCUGCUGCAGGGAUUCGCGCAGCACCCCAUUGACACCACACAUGCACUGCUGGCGGCACAGGCUCGCGACGUGCGGCUGGCUCGUCAGGGCAGCGGUCGCGACUACGAGGUGGAGCGGCGCACCGAGGUGUUCCGGCAGCGGUGGGUGGAGGACGCGGUGGUCAACUACCUGCACAAGAGGCUGGGGAGGCCGGAG